CCCCCCCGCUUCGGUCACCCAUCACGGGUGCCCGCCUCGGCAACCCGCUCUCUGCCCCAACAUCAUUCACAUCACAUCAUCCCCGCCUCCCACCUUUCCUCCUCCCCCGAAACAGAACGCCGUACAGAAUCCCGUUACAGCAUCACGACACGCCGACUAAGACUGCCAUCGUCACCGGCCCUAAUGCCUAAUGCACCCCCGCCCCACUCGCCGCCCGACCAUGCGCGCGACACUGAGGGCUUAUAAAAGAGCCUGCCACCCCGUCCAACCACUGCAUCUACCUUUACACACACACCGAGAGACGUCGCAAAAAUGAGCACCAGCAACAGCGACGGCUACUACGACCUCGGCGCCUACGCCCGCCCCAUCACCACCACCAGUCCAGACACGCAAAAGUGGUUCACGCGCGGCCUGAACUGGGGCUACGCCUUCAAUCACGAGGAGUCGGCCGCGUGUUUCGCGCGCGCCCUGGACACCGACCCCACCUGCGCCAUCGCGCACUGGGGCGUUGCUUACGCCAGCGGGCCCAACUACAACAAGCCGUGGGAGCUGUUCGACAAGGCCGACCUGCAGCGCACGCUGGACCGCAUCGCGCGCGCCGUCGAGGCCGCCAACGCCAACGCCGCCAGCGCCUCCCCGCUCGAGCGCGCCCUCGUGCACGCCGUGCAGUUUCGGCAUCCGCGCAGCUUGCACGACACCGACUACGCCGCCCACAACGUCGCGUAUGCCGAGGCCAUGGGCGACGCGUACAAGGCGUUUGGGGCCGACGUCGACGUCGCCGCGCUGUACGCCGACGCCCUCAUGAACAUCACGCCCUGGGCGCUGUGGGACCUGGCGACGGGGAAGCCGGCGCCCAAGCCCGCGCGCACCCUCGAGGCCAAGGCGGUGCUGGAGCGCGCGCUGGCGCAGCCCGACGGCUUCUACCACCCCGGCCUGCUGCACCUGUACAUCCACCUGAUGGAGAUGUCGCCGACGCCCGAAAUCGCCAUCCCGCCCGCCGACCGCCUGCGCGCGCUGUGCCCCGACGCCGGCCACAUGAACCACAUGCCGUCGCACCUCGACAUACUCAUUGGCGACUACCGCCGCUCCAUCGCCAGCAACACGGACGCCGUGCUCGCCGACGAAAAGUUCCUCGCCCGCACCGGCGGAAUGAACUUUUACACGCUCUACCGCAUGCACAACUACCACUCGCUGAUCUACGCGGCCAUGUUCGCGGGCCAGUCGCGCGUCGCGUUCGAGGCCGUCGAGCGCAUGGAGGCGGCGCUGCCGCAGGAGCUGCUGCGCCAGACGUCGCCGCCCAUGGCCGACUGGCUGGAGACGUUCAUGUCGGUGCGUCCGCACGUGCUGAUCCGGUUCGGGCGGUGGGAGGACAUUCUCGCGCUGCCUCUGCCCGAAGACCAAGAGCUCUACAGCGUGACGACGGCAACGGCGCACUACGCCAAGGGCGUCGCGCACGCGGCUCUAGGCGACGUGGCGGACGCAGAACAGGCGCGCGAGCAGUUCCUCGCCGCCCUCGCCCGCGUCCCAGACUCCCGCAUGGACUUCCCGAACAAGUCGACGGCGAUCCUAGCCGUCGCGGCAGCGAUGCUUGACGGCGAGAUCGCGUACCGCAAGGGCGAGCAUGACGCUGCGUUUGCGCACCUGCGCAAGAGCAUCGCCCUCGACGACGGCCUCAACUACACGGAGCCCUGGGGCUGGAUGCAGCCGACGCGGCACGCGUACGCGGCGCUCUUGCUUGAGCAGGGGAGGGUCCAGGAGGCCGCCGACGCGUACCGUGCGGACCUAGGGCUCGAUGCGACACUUGCCCGCGCGCGGCAGCACCCGAAUAACGUCUGGGCGCUGCAUGGGUACCAUGAGUGUUUGGUGCGGUUGGGGAGGGAGGCGGAGGCGGGGAUCGUGAAGCCGAUGCUUAGACUGGCGGUUGCGGUUGCGGAUGUGGAGGUUGUGUCGUCGUGUUUUUGUCGGCGGGAGGUGGGGGCGGUGGAUGCGCAGAGUGCGGCGUGCUGUCGCGGCGUGCAGGGUUGAGUGUGAGUGUCUGGUGCGUGUGUGGCUGAAAUGGAUUGGACCAUGUAUGUGCCUGUGCUGCAGGUCGUGUUUCGCAAACAAACUCGCACGCGGGGAGUGCGGGGUCUAUCUGUC